UAAACCUGCGACCAAACCCUACCCUCCAUUUUUCCCCACCGCCGCCUCCUCCCGUUCCAGCCAAAGCGCCCGCUCGCCUCUACAGAAUCGCCAAUCCAAUGGCGCCGACGUCGAAGAUGGCGCUGGGCAUCAAGCGCGCGUCGCGGUCGCACUCCUACCACCGCCGUGGGCUAUGGGCCAUCAAGGCCAAGCACGGCGGCGCCUUCCCCAAGGCCGAGAAGCCGGCCGCCGUUGCCGAGCCCAAGUUCUACCCCGCCGACGACGUCAAGCCACGCACCGUCAGCACCCGCAAACCAAAACCCACCAAGCUCAGAUCGACCAUCACACCCGGUACGGUGCUGAUCCUGCUCGCGGGGAGGUACAUGGGGAAGCGCGUGGUGUUCCUCAAGCAGCUCAAGUCCGGGCUGCUCCUCAUCACUGGACCGUUCAAGAUCAACGGAGUACCAAUCCGCCGUGUUAACCAGACUUAUGUCAUUGCCACAUCCACAAAGGUGGACAUCUCCAAGGUUAAUGUAGGGAAGUUUGAUGACAAGUACUUCGCUAGGGACAAGAAGGCCAGGGCGAAGAAGACCGAAGGCGAGCUAUUUGAGACUGAGAAGGAGGCUACCAAGAAUCUGCCUGACUUCAAGAAGGAUGACCAGAAGACCAUUGAUGCGGAGUUGAUCAAGGCUAUUGAGGCUGUACCAGACCUUAAGAACUAUCUCGGUGCCCGGUUCUCUCUCAGGGACGGUGACAAGCCCCAUGAGAUGACCUUCUAAGUUCACUGCUAUAAGUUUCUGAGUCAUUUGGGAAAUUGGUCUGCCUAGCGUCUGUUCUGUACUUCUAAAUUUUGUGCCUGGUUAGUGAAUCUUUGAGUUCUACUGAAGUCUGCCUGUCUAAUAUUAUGAGAAGAUUGAGAGAAGUACCAUCCACUUCGGUGCUCAAUUGCUAUAUUUUCUUGGUGAGUAAUAUUUUAGACAUGAACUAUGUUUGAUCCACUGACAAUUAUGUAGAAUGCCAUCGUGAGUAAAACUAGUUUGUCCACAUUGUUGGCGGUCAGGAUGCUAACUUUGUGGCAGAAUAGUUUG